AUGUCUGACGUUACCGAAAUCAAGACCAAGGCCGAGUUCGACGAGCUCAUCAAGACCACCCCCUACGUCGCCCUCCAGGCCCACGCCGCCUGGUGCGGUCCUUGCAAGGCCAUCUCUCCCAUCUUCGCCAAGCAGGCGAAAGAGAACAAGUCGGAAAAGUUCGCCUUCGCUAAGUUCGACACUGACGACGUCCCCGACCUCGCCUUCGAGCUCGGCAUCCGAUCCAUCCCCGCCUUCUUCUUCUUCAAGGAUGGCGACAAGGACAGCGACCUCCUCGGUGCCGUCCCUCCCAAGCUGACCGCUGCCAUCAAGGGCUACGUCGAGCAGGCCCAGGGUGGUGCUGCUGCUGCCGAGGAGAAGCCCGCUGAGAACACCCUCAAGACCGACGAGAACUUCUAA